GCUUGGAUUUCUCCCAUUUAAUAUGUUUUUGAGAAGGCUUUGAAGAUUGUUGACAUGUAGUGGAAUAUAUUUUACUAUUUUCAAUGGUGGGUGUCUAGUCAGAGAUAACUUCUGUGCGGUUGUGCAGAUCCUUCCAGCUACACUUCCACUGGAGAUUUGUCAAAGCUGAAUUUUUGUGAUUUGGGCGCUUUCUUCAGAUAUAGAUUCUGGAUGGAGCUAUUCCCUUGAGCAUAUGACACAAAAACUAAUUUUGAAGAAAAGCAGAGAAAUCUACCAGUAGAACUCUUUUUUUUUUAUACUAUAUAUCACUGAUAAGAUGGCUUUCUUGCUUUUCCAGAUAUUGAUAUCAUAGUAUGAGCAUGUUUGUCUACGUGCCCAGAGAUCAGUGACUAUGAUGCCUCAUUAAAUCAUCGGGGAAGCACUGCCUCCUUGUCGGUUGUCAUCUACAAGUUUGUUCUAAUGGAAGUACCAUGUAGAAAGCCGAGAUAUAUUGUCAUAGCUUCUGGUUCUUUCAAAAGUGCGGAUGAACGACAAAGUAAUGAGGAUCAAUGUCAUAGCAGAAUGCUCCUUUUAGUACAUUCUGAUGAAAAGAGAAAGAUCAGCUCAUUAUUUUUCUGAAUGAAGAGUUGGACUCUGAUUGAUUGGAAGUGGUCCAGAUGCCUAAAGAUAGUUGGGCAUACUUUGAUCCUGAAUAUGAGAACUUGAGCAUCAGAAUCAACCCUCCAAGGGUCUCUGUAGACAACUCUACUUUCAGUGACUGUACCCUGAUCAAGGUUGACAGUAUGAACAAACCGGGGAUACUGCUUGAAGUUGUGCAAAUCCUAUCAGACCUUGACCUGAUCAUCAACAAGGCUUACAUCUCCUCUGAUGGUGGAUGGUUUAUGGACGUUUUUCAUGUCACUGAUCAACGCGGAAAGAAGAUUACAGAUCGCAACACUAUCAAUCACAUAGAGAAGGCUCUAGGACCUAAAAGCCAUAAUAUAGAUGGAGCAAAGACUUCACCAGACAAGCAGGUUGGGGUCCACUCAAUUGGAGAUCACACAGCAAUUGAACUAAUUGGCAGGGAUCGCCCAGGUCUCUUAUCUGAGAUAUCUGCUGUCCUUGCUAAUCUUCACUUUAAUGUGGUUGCUGCUGAAGUUUGGACCCACAAUAGGCGGAUAGCUUGUGUAGUUUAUGUCAAUGAUAAUAACACAAGCCGUGCAGUGGAUGACCCAACUAGAUUAUCUGUUAUGGAGGAGCAGCUCAAAAAUAUCCUACGUGGCUGUGAGGAUGACGAACAAGUGGCUCGCACCAGCUUCUCCAUGGGUUUCACCCAUGUUGACCGACGGCUCCACCAAAUGUUGUUUUCUGAUAGGGAUUAUGAAGGUAGUGGAGCGGCACCUGCGGUUGAUUAUCCUACCUUGUAUAAACCACAAAUCACAGUUGAGCGCUGUGAUGACAAGGGGUACUCUAUGGUUACUGUACGCUGCAAAGACCGGGCCAAACUUAUGUUUGAUAUUGUCUGCACCCUUACAGACAUGCAAUAUGUUGUUUUUCAUGCCACCAUCUCAUCAGAUGGCCCUUACGCGUUGCAGGAGUACUAUAUUCGUCACAUGGAUGGCUGUGUACUUGAUACUGAAGGAGAGAAGCAGAGAGUCAUCAAAUGUAUUGAAGCAGCUAUUCAAAGAAGAGUAAGUGAGGGUGUGAGCCUGGAGGUCUGUGCAAAAGAUAGGGUAGGCUUGCUCUCUGAAGUUACAAGGGUUCUACGAGAGAAUGGAUUGUCAGUCACCAGAGCUGGUGUUAGCACGGUUGGAGAGCAAGCAGUGAAUGUCUUCUAUGUGAGCGACCCAUCUGGGAAUCCAGUGGACAAGAAAACUAUCGAAGCACUGAGUAGAGAAAUUGGCCAUACAAUGAUGGUUAAUGUGAAGAAAUCACCAGGUGCACAAGCGAAGGAAAAUGAGGUUAGUGGUUUGGCCAAAACAUUCUUCUUCUUUGGCAACUUAUUUGAAAGGUUCAAGGCCUGAAAAUUUAUCCUUGUGAAUCUAGCAAGGACAUGUAGAUGUACAGAAUAAUUAAUAAGACUGGACAAGGUAGGCAGGGCUUGUGAUUGCAUGCUCGGGGUAAGAACAUGAAUGGAAAUAAUGAAUUUGGACUUGCAACUGUUGCUUGCUGUAAUUUCCUCUCAACUUAUUAAGAUGAUGAUGCUAUCGCUUGUUAAUUAUUCCCUUUUGUUUGUCUUU